CAGAAAACCUCGUAGCGCGAGACAAGAGCGUCUUUUCAAGUUUGCAGCAGCUACUUAGGAAGUUUUUCUCUAUGUGCACGUAGGUUUGAUGAGCACGGUCACAGCGCAGUAUCACUACAGCGUAUUUUUCUAGUUUUAAGAAUGGCGGCGCUCACGUGGAAUAAUGCGAAGAAUCGAAGUCUGCUGGCUUGGCGUCAAAGCUUGAGUUCCGCUGUCUCGAAGCAUCUCCCAGGCGCUAGCCUCACCGACUACGAAGCGUCCUGCAUUCUACUACGACACAAGGACUGCGCCGGUUCUUUCAAAAAGGAAAAAUGCAGCGCAGAACCUCAUCAAGAGCUUCAUUCGGGACCCUGGAUGGACGAAAGAGUAGCCGCUUUGGGCAAGGCUUUCGGCUCGUCUCCGGAAAGUGCGAAGCAAUGUUUGCUGCUGAAUGGCAACGUCCUGAGCUGGUCGGCGCAGGACAUUCUGCGGCAUUUCCGUAGUUUGGAAGUACUCGGCGUACCGCCCGAAGAUGCGUCUUGUUUCUUCACUGAGGAACACCGGCGAGAAGUGCAGCAAGGUUUGGAGAAGGCGGUGCGCCCCCCAGGCCCGCCGCCGCCGAGGAUGGCCACAACGAAACCCACGGGCGCAGUGCAGAGUGGCAGUGGUGGGAAGGUGCAGGAAGAUGAUACUGGAAAGCCAAAACUUCAUCAGGACAAAGCAGCUAGUGCACAGAAUAUUGAGCAGCGCGAAAGUGCUGAUACGGAAACUCAAAUUGGUAAUGCCACUUAAGCACUGAGUAUACAAAAUGAU